AUGGCUAUUAAAUUGACACCAGAAAAAGCCAUAAACCUCACAAACGUCGACGUAAGUACGUUAACGUCAACACUGAAUCUCCAGAUCUGGGAGGAGGUUUUCCAAGUUGGUUGGAAUCCGAAGAAUGAGACUAUCUUAGCUUCUUGUUGUCUUGGCAGGAGACUGAUGGUGUGGGAUCUUAGCAGGUUUAUCAUGCUCAUGUUGUCAGUGACAAUUUGUACAAGAAGCCAUGCAUGUUGUUGUAGGACUCGCUUUGAUCUCUACAAUGAAAGAUCCCGUGAACGAAUGAAAAUUAGAGCACAACAUGUUGGUUGAGAUAUGGAAGUGGAGCUGAUGAUGUUAACAAAUAGUCUCUUUUUCAUUGUUGAAGGCUGUUGGGUUUUUGGUGAAGGUGUAAACUUUUACUUUUGGCCAUGACGGGUCAAUUUGGAGUGAAUUGUUAAGUUUCUAUGUAUGAAAAGAUUGUGCAGGACUCCAAUUUGGAGUGAAUUGAUAUGAAAAGUUUCUAUGUAUGAAGAAAUUCUGCAGAGUAUUAUUUACAUGAAUGAGAAUUUCAUUUUUUAUAU